AUGCCUGUUGCUGCUCGUGAGGCAUCUGUCUAUACUGGUGUCACCACUGCUGAGUAUUUCCGUGAUAUGGGACUUAAUGUUAGUAUGAUGGCUGAUUCUACUUCUCGUUGGGCUGAGGCUUUACGUGAAAUAUCUGGUCGUUUGGCUGAGAUGCCUGCUGAUUCUGGUUAUCCUGCUUAUCUCGGUGCUCGUCUUGCUUCCUUCUAUGAGCGUGCUGGACGUGUUAAGUGUAUGGGUUCUCCUGAUCGUGAGGGUGCGGUAACUAUUGUUGGUGCUGUAUCUCCUCCUGGUGGUGAUUUCACUGAUCCUGUUACCUCAGCAACUCUAUCUAUUGUACAAGUAUUCUGGGGUCUUGAUAAGAAGUUGGCUCAGAGGAAGCAUUUCCCUUCCAUUAACUGGAAUAUCUCUUUCUCAAAGUAUACUCGUGCCUUGGAGCCCUUCUUCAACAAGUAUGAUAAUGAGUAUUCAUCUUUACAACAAAAGGUUAAAGAGAUUCUUCAGACUGAAGAUGAUCUACAAGAAAUUGUACAAUUGGUUGGUCGUGAUUCACUAUCUGAAGAUCAGAAGUGUACUUUAGAGGUUGCUCGUAUUAUUCGUGAAGAUUUCCUUCAACAGAAUGGUUUCAGUGAUUAUGAUUAUAUGUGCCCUCUAGCUAAGACUAUUGGUAUGAUGAAAUGUAUCUGUCAUUUCUAUGAUGCUGCUCAGAAAUGUUUGUCUGAGAAUCAUGGUGAUAAGGUUAUUGGAUGGUCACAGAUAUCUACUGCUUGCAAGGAUGUUAUCGUCGCUAUUACCAAUAUGAAGUUCGAGAUGCCUCAACAUAGUGAAGAGGAUUUCGCUGACUUCUUUGCUAAUCUUGUUAACCAGAUUGAUACUGCCUUCCAGAAUCUUCUAGAUGAGACUAACAAUACCAACUAA